CCGGAUUUCUUCGAUUUUCUCCGCCGUGAUUUCCUCCUAAAGUCGCCGGAAAUUGCAGUCAUUGAGCCCACCACCACCACCACACCACACCACACCACUGACUCACUGAACCAACCAGAUCCUCUGUAUUUUUCCUUGAUUCUUCCCCCACCGCCCCUUUUUCAUUUCUCCAGUGAAAACGACUUCAGCUUCUUCUGUGUCACCGUUGAUUGCUUUUUAAUCUCUGCUUUUUUCUGCAGCUUUUUUCUCUUCCUUUGAGAUUUUGUCUAUGGCGCUUUAAUCUCUACUGCACGAGUAUUCUUCACGCUUUAUCGCCUCCUUGAAGAACCCUCUCUUUAUUCUUCUAUAAAGGAAUCUCCUCUUUUCGCACGCUCUUCGCCUUUUCGAUGCGAAUCUGAGAUACAAAUCGGUUUUAAUGGAGUUACUGUUCAUGGAAAAUCAACAAAUGAUGGCUCCAGUGAAGCAAAGUGUUCACAAAACAAGCGUUACCAUGGUUAGUAAUUUGUUGUGUCCGAAACGGAAGUUGCCGGACGGAAGUAGCUCCGCCGUGAGUCCUAGAGUUGUGAGGAUAUCGGUAACCGACGCUUAUGCAACUGAUUCUUCAGGUGAUGAAGAAUCAGGAUUGUUCAACAGGCGAAGAGUGAGGAAGUUUGUUAAUGAGGUUAGAAUUGAAGCUCGAUCGAAGGAUGAUAGUACUGUUAAUGAAAACCGAAAUCGGAAGGAGGAUAAAAUGGUGGUGAACCGGAGGAAGAAGGUUGCCGGAAAAGGUUACGCCACGGCGGAGAAACGAUUGAAGGUUGAUUCAGGUAAGAAGUUUCGCGGCGUAAGGCAACGGCCAUGGGGGAAAUGGGCGGCGGAGAUUCGAGAUCCGAUGCGCCGUGUACGGCUGUGGCUUGGCACAUUUGAUACCGCUGAAGAAGCUGCAAUGGUGUAUGACCACGCCGCCAUCCAGCUCCGUGGUCCUGAUGCGCUCACUAACUUCACCAUUCCACCACCUGCAACACUUCAGUUACCGGAGAAGAAACCUUCUUCCGUCUCCUCCGGCUACAACUCCGGCAACGAUUCUCAAAACAACAACAAAACGACGUCGCCUAAAUCCGUCCUCAGUUUUCCCUCAGCUUCAACGGAGAAAUCCGCCGCUGAGUCAAUUCACUCCAGUCCUUACAACGACGGAGCAAACGAAGCUUCAGAGAUCGCCGUGCCGGAGACCUUUACAGAUUUCCGGCCGUUCGACGACGAUUUCUCCACCUCCGAUUCUUUCGACUUCCCAAAACUCGACCCGUUUAUUUUCGACCCUAUAAUGUUUCAAGAAUCCGACCCGCUGGAUAUGUUUUUCGGGUCAGGUAAGGAUUUCAGUAUCGGUUCUUCUUGGCCCAUGGAUGAUUACCUCCCUGAUUAUGGUGAUAUAUUCGGGUCGGAUCCUCUUGUAGCGCUAUAAGAAUGGGUUUGAAUCGGGUGAGUUAAUUUUGUAGUUUAUUUAGGAUAAAUAUAUAUUAUUUAUUAUGGAUGUAAAAAUAACUAGUUGACCUCCGUUACGUUUAACGGUAACGGACGAGUGUGAGAGUGGUUUAUUUUUUUUGUGAGAUGGUUUUGGGAUAGGUAACGGCGUUAGAUUGUUAUCUAAAUGUAAAACACGUGGUAAAGCACGUGAGUGGGUAAAUGCUACUACAAUUAAGAAUUAGGUGAAGGAAUGAAUGCAGCUAGU